AUGUUUGAUGGGAGCUUGGCAACGCCUUUCCACACAUUGAACCCAUAUCAUAUAUUGGGGCAUGUAAAUACACGUAGAACCCUCCACAAAUCAAGGUUGCAACCAGUUUUAGCUAUACCCCCAUCGUCAAUACUCUUGCAAACAGAUGAGAGUGAUACAUUUCCUGACUCUAAGAAGGGUUCUGGUUUGAGAGGAAGGGAUUCUUCUCAUUCCUUGCUUAGUCAAGAAAAUACAGUGGGUAUAAUAGGAGGCAUAUCAGUUAAUUCUGCUUCAAAUUUCUUGAAAAAACUAGUCCAGGGGAGUUCAAAAGAAGGAAAAGAUUGCAUUCCUUUUGUUCUUUGCUCUGAUCCAGUAUUGAACAAGGAGCUUUUAUCGCACGAGAAAAAUUAUUUUCCUUCUCUCAGUAGGCAAAAUGAAAGUUUCCCAUUGGAUCAUUCUGCAAUUGUGGAGAAUCUGCGGAAUAAAAGGGUUUUUCUUGAGAAAUCAGGAGUUCGGUGCAUAUGUGUUGCGAGGGAGCUCAAGGAAGCUAAGCUGAAGCCACUUGAAGCUGGGAGUCCUCUGCGGAUUGGGGUGUUAGCCACCAAUGCAACUUUGGCUGCAGGGUUCUAUCAGGAGAAAUUGCGGAGUCAGGGAUUUGAGGUUGUGCUUCCCGAUAAAGCUACCAUGGAACACACUGUAAUUCCUGCAAUUGAAGCUUUAGAUAGAAAGGACAUGGAAGGUGCGCAGAAUCUGCUGAGAAUUGCACUGCAAGUUCUUCUGGUGAGGGCAGUGAACACCGUCAUCCUUGCUUCUGAUGCUAUGCACGAUGUUUUGCCUCAGGAUGAUCCACUUCUCAAGAAAUGUAUUGAUCCAAUGGAUGCAUUGGCUCGUUCAACUAUAAAGUGGGCUCAAGCUGCUGAAAAAAGAGACGUUGUGCUUUGUUUACAAAAACUUUGGAAGGCAAAUCGAAAAAAGGUGAUUUAUGCACUCGAAUGUCAGAGUGAUAGCCAUAAAAGCAGUGUUUAA